AUGUUUAAGACAAUAUUAAGACACAAUAGAUAUUUUAAACCAUUAAGGUGUUUCCAUAACUCUGCCUUAUUGAGGAUUGACUUUGAUCCUUAUAAAGUUUUGGGAGUUCCCAAAACAGCCGAUCAAAAAGCCAUCAAAAAAGCCUAUUAUGAUUUGGUCAAGAAGAACCAUCCUGAUGUUAAUAAGGAAGAAGGUGCUGAAAAGAAGUUUCACAAAAUCCAAGAAAGUUAUGAAGUAUUGAGUGACAAGGAUAAAAGAGCAGAGUAUGACACAUUUGGUACUGCUGGAGGUCAAGGAUCAAAUCCUUAUGGUCAAAGUUAUGGAGGACAAAAUCCUUUUGGAGGACAGAAUCCGUUUGGGGGUAUGGGAUUUGAUUUCGAAGAUUUAUUCAAACAAGCAUUCAACCAAGGAUCCGGUGGAAGAGGUGGUAGAAGUGGUGCAGGUUUCGUCACUGAACAUGUUGGUGAUGACAUCGAGAUCUUGAAAAAUAUCAAUUUCAAAGAUAGUGUAUUUGGAAAGAAAAUCAAAAUCAAUUAUAAAGCUGUGGACUCAUGUAACACCUGUAAAGGAAGUGGAAUGAAAUCAGGAAAGAAAAAGUCAACAUGUCCUACUUGUCAUGGUUCAGGUCAUUCAACUCAUUCUUUGGGAGGUUUCCAUAUGCAAUCAACUUGUGGAACCUGUGGAGGUACUGGUGUAACCAUCAAUAAAGCUGAUGAAUGUAACACUUGUCAUGGACAUGGAGUUGAAGAAAUUCCAAAAUCUACAGAAAUUGAAUUACCUCCUGGUAUCAAGGACGGUACCAGGUUGAGAGUUCCUCAAAUGGGUGAUUCCCCAAUGAUUACCAAAGAUCCUUACAACGUUUUAGUAAAAGGAGAUUUGAUUAUCCGUGUCAAUGUGUCCAACGAUCCAACAUUCAAAAGACAAGGUAACAAAAUUACCUAUAAUCAUGAUAUUUUGAUGACUACUGCUGCUUUAGGAGGUGAAAUUAUUGUUCCUACUAUUGAUGGUGAACAAGUCAAAAUAAAAGUCAGACCAGGAACUCAAAAUGGUGUCAAGUUGCUGAUUCCUAAUAAGGGGGUCCCUAUUAAUAGAAACUUGAAUAACAGAGAUGAUAUGGAGGUAUUCUUGAAUGUCAAGACUGUUAAACCUGAAACUCCUAUUCAAAAAGCUUUAUUAGAAGCCUUAGCUGAUACAAUCAAUGACAAUACUGCGAAGAGAUCUGAGGAUCACCAAUUCGUCAAAGAUCCUAAUCUGACAGAGGAAUUACAUCCUUCCAAGUUGAAAAAAAUUGGAGAUGUUUUAUCGAAAUUCUUUAAUUUCGAAAAGAAAGAUUAG